AUGGCGAUGACGCUUGCAAGAGCGACGUCGAGAUGCUUGGAAGACUUUUCGGCGCAUGGCACGGGCACGCCUGGAGUCGCGGGGCAGGCCGAAAGCCGAUCGGCAGCGCAAAAACGGCAUGCCGAUGUGACUCUGAGCCGCUCACGUGAUCGGCCCCGCGCUCCCAACAUCCAUGCACGCAUGUUCUCCCCGAUGGUCGCGGGCAGCCGAAGGAGGCUUCGUCGUCUUAACGGCCGCAGCCCCCGCGCCAAAUUGGGCAACUUGACUCCCGGAGCAGACCAGGCUGGAGCAGACCAGGCUAGAGCAGUUGCACCAACAGCUGUUGGUGCAGUGCUGGCUUGCACCGGGCCGGGCCCAGAUAUUGCAGUCUUGAGGAUAGGACCGAUUCCCAGCUGUCGUUCGCCCAUCGCUGACUCAGAUAUCGCCAAGAAUGAAAAAGGAAAUGAACUCUUGAACAUUGACGAGAAUGACAGCACAGGCGGAGGUCAGCCUGACUCCAACCUCGACUCAGCCGCAGAUGCAGAGACCGAAGACGGGGGGCUGGAAGGUAGAGAAGUGGUUCAGCCCGAAGUAAACAGGACUGACCCUACCGUCGUCGAAGGGGAAUUCCGCUACAGCUUCUACGGUCUCCGCACCCGGAAGGAGUAGAGGGCUGUUUCAUCUGGAUUGGAGAUAGAUGCAGCGUCGAUGAUGGCUCUCGACCUAUCUCAGUCUGCUGAGACUAGAGGAUUGGUUCUUUCUUAUUCAUUUGUAUUGGGAGCAUGUAGCAGCUAGAAGGCAUUUUUUAUGGACGAGAGAUCAGCGCCUCUCUUGCUAGAUAAUAAACAGUCUGCAACUCAGCAAAUUCUUAGAGCGCUCCGGUUUGUAGAGGGACUGCAGCAUCGGAAAGGGGACUCUAGAUGCGGGGACAUUCGCGCCAUUCCAACGAUAGCGACAAUACAUGGCGGGAGCUAC